UACUUCCUGGUGUGUAGUCGCCACUUUUGUUGUCUUUCUGUCUUUUCAGAUUUACCGAAGAUCGAAACCGUCAGUUAAUGGACAUAAGAACUGCUUAAAUGUCAGAUGCCCGAUGUCAAUGCCAGUGAGUCUACUUCUCCCUCCGAGGGUGGAAAUGUAGAAGUCGCCUAUGCAAACACAACACAAACUAACCUACGUGGUUUAUCAGCGGUUUUAACCUCCAACAGUCACACCAAUUCAGACACUAGCGUAAGUGACGAACUUACUAGCACGUGUUCCCUAGAAGCCACGAGCGAACAGGACAGAAACCGUGUCAUUCAAGAUUUAGGUAUCACUAGCACUGCGUUCAUUGGCCCUGCAUGUCGCCCUGAGCCACCAUCCAUUGAGCAGGAGCUUUCUGAGUUUUACAAAGAGCUUCAGGAAGUGGACCACAGUGACGAGGUCGACGGCCAUGCCCUUGAUGAGCAGGGUCAGAAUCCAUCCUGCAAACCUGAGAGUGACCCACGACAGAAGGACAGUUCUGCUGUCGUAACUGAUCGCAGUAGAGCUUACAGACCCUACCCAGAUCCACACCAGCGCAGUGGACAACAGUGGCAAUGUGGAGGUCCAAGGAGAUGGAGACCUCGCACGCCAUAUGGUAAUGAAGGCUUUGGCGAAAGGCGACACUUAGCCCCGUGGUGUCCCCCUCCACCAUGGAUUCCUCCGGGACCACCAAACCCAGCUUUCCAGUUCUUCCCUCCCCCACCAUUUGGAGGUCCCAUCAUGUAUCCUCCAUACAUGAGACCUCAGCAGAACUUCCAAAGUCACGCUGACAUCAGCAAGAGGGCACCGUGGGAAGUGCCAUGGUUACCGCCAAAUGAAUGGCAUGACAAUGCCAGGGGUCCAUCAUUUUGCGAUUCUAGAUUCCCUGAGGAUUAUGAAACGUCUACAUCAAACUGGCAGCAGAACAACCCCGAACAACAGUUUCAUCAUUAUAACACUUUACAUCUCAUAUUAUUGAGGGGUCUACCGGGCUCUGGAAAAUCCACUUUGGCCAGGCGAGUUGUUGGCAUAACCUGAAUUCAAAAAUAAAGGAAAAAAUACAUUUGUAGGGAAUAAACAAAACACAACUUCGAUAUCGUUUCUCUUGUGUUUAAUAAAACAGUAGACAACGAUUCGAAAUGUACGUCACGUUUAAAUAAACUAGCAGCAGUUUUAAGUUUGACUUCUUUUUAAUAUUAAUAAAAAUGCCUUGCAGAGAUCUUAUGUCCGGUGGCCCCAAUGGAACAAUACUAAGUACAGAUGACUACUUUUUCCAAGACAACACAUAUGUAUUUGAUAGCACACUGCUCGCGGAUGCUCACGACUGGAAUCAAAAGAGAGCUGAGCAUGCGAUGUCCGAGGGUCGCUCACCUGUUAUCAUCGACAACACAAACAUCAAAGCCUGGGAGAUGAAGCCAUACGUUAAAAUGGCUUUAAAAAACGGAUAUAAAGUGGACGUUCGUGAACCAGAAACCAACUGGAAAUAUGAUCCUAUCCAGUUAGAAAAAAGGAAUACACAUGGAGUCCCUCGAGAAACAAUAGAAAAGAUGCUGGAUCGUUUCGAGCGGCCCGUGGACAUUGACAUUGUGAUGAAUUCUGCGGAGCCUCCUCAUAAAAGCAGAGCACGUUAACAGAAUCUGUUGAUGGACAUGUUGGCCCGGUUUCACAGACACGGCUUAGCUUAAUCCAGGACUAAGCCUUAGUUGAAUUAAGAUAUUUAUGUCGCUUUUAUAAAAAUACAGUGGAAGAAUACAUUACUGGUGUGCAUCUCGAGACAAAUCAAUGGCACUGAUAUAUUUUAAGAUAUUUCUGGGCAAGUUAUAUUCAUCGGGCCAUUGUCUUUUAGAAUUGAAUCAUUUGUUUUAUGAAUAUGGAUUCAUGUGAAGUUAAAGCUGUAUGGUGAUGUUCAAUGAAGGACCUUGUUUUUUUUAAACAAACCUGGAUUUUUAUCUCUUUUUAAUGAAAAUGUAGACUAUCGUGACUGCAUUCAAGCAAUGUUCAAGUUUCUAGAUUUGUACACUGUGAAAUACUAAAAGAAUAAAAAUACAAAUACACUAGA